GUUUGGCACGCGCAUUUACGCUCUGUGCUGAGACCAAAUCCGUGCUCGCGCACGAAAUCCAUUUACUCCUCAGUAGUAGAAAGGGCCCCGAUCGAGUCGCGUUUCUCCGUCAAUUAAAUACUCCGUUCAAUCCUCAGAAAAACGUUAAACCGUGCUGAUAGCGGCGGCGGUCCCUCGGUGAAACACACUGACAGAGCAGGAGCGGUUUGGAGAGGAAGAAUGGCGGAUUCAAACAGCACUGCAGCGGUCGGGGCCGCGGGCUCCAACAGCGCUGCUGCUGCCGGGGCGGCUGGCACGGUUGCGCAUGAUGGAGCGCCCGCAGCGGGGUCCAAGCCGGGAUGCGAGUCCGUGAAGGGCCAGAUGUUUGACGUGGGCCCCCGCUACACGAACCUGUCUUACAUCGGGGAAGGGGCUUAUGGAAUGGUUUGCUCUGCUCUGGACAAUAUGACAAGCCAGCGCGUUGCCAUCAAGAAAAUCAGCCCAUUUGAGCACCAGACGUACUGCCAGCGCACACUGAGAGAAAUCAAGAUCCUGCUGCGUUUCCACCAUGAGAAUAUCAUCGGCAUCAAUGAUAUUCUUAGGGCACGGCAAAUUGACAACAUGAGGGAUGUCUACAUCGUGCAGACUCUGAUGGAGACGGAUCUGUACAAGCUGCUGAAGAGCCAGAAGCUGAGCAACGACCACGUCUGCUAUUUCCUCUACCAGAUCCUGCGAGGCCUCAAGUACAUUCACUCAGCCAACGUGUUGCACCGUGACCUCAAGCCCUCCAACCUGCUCAUCAACACCACCUGUGACCUCAAGAUCUGUGACUUUGGCCUGGCACGGAUAGCCGACCCCGAGCACGACCACACGGGUUUCUUGACCGAGUACGUGGCCACGCGUUGGUACAGGGCUCCAGAAAUCAUGCUCAACUCAAAGGGCUACUCUAAGUCCAUUGACAUCUGGUCGGUGGGCUGCAUCCUGGCUGAGAUGUUGUCCAACAGGCCUAUCUUUCCCGGGAAACACUACUUGGACCAGCUCAACCACAUACUGGGUGUCCUUGGCUCUCCGUCUCAAGAAGAUCUGAACUGCAUUAUCAACAUGAAGGCCAGGAACUACCUGCAGGCCCUGCCUGACAAACCCAAGGUCCCCUGGGAAAAGCUCUACUGCAAGGCUGACUCAAAAGCUCUGGACUUGCUGGGCCGCAUGUUGACCUUUAACCCCAUCAAGCGCAUCAGUGUUGAAGAGGCCCUGGCUCAUCCUUACCUGGAGCAGUACUACGAUCCCACAGACGAGCCAGUAGCAGAGGAGCCCUUCACUUUCUCCAUGGAACUGGAUGACCUUCCCAAGGAGAAGCUGAAGGAACUGAUCUUCGAGGAAACGGCUCGUUUCCAGGAAACCUACCAGGGCUCCUGAGACACGCAGCCCUAAAGAGUGACAAAGCCACACAGAGGCUUGGAACAAGAAGACCCCAAAACGACAUGCUAAAACAAAAGAAAAAUGCAUCUUCAAGCAACCAACAAAAAGAGAAAACAAGAAAUAUGAACAUUUAACUGCUUAUCUUUCCAUUUCUACUGCAAGAGAGCUAAGCCUAACUUUGAUUUCUGUGGUUGGGUGGGGUGGUAGGGUCUGGCAUACUCAUGCUGUUUCAGUUUUGUCCAUGUUGGACUCUCCCUCCUCUCACCUGUGUAACGCCCUGCCUCAUCCUGUCCCAUCUACAGUAACUCGUGUCCUGUCCCGUCCCGAUCGAACCCUUUCUUUCUCCUCUCCUGCACCUGUCGCUGAUCUGUCUGUCUGAGCUCUCCUGUCUCUCCUCUCUCUGUCGCUCCCUCUCAUAUAAACACAUACUACUGUAUUAACCAACACCAUAACUCUCUUGUCUUGCGCCAUGUAAAUUCCAACCGGGAAAAAUUGAGGGCUAAAAGAACGGGGGAUGCUAAUCGGGUGUGUGUAUGUACAUACAAAAAUAUAAAAGCUUUUGUUUUCUUUUUAAGUGUGCUUGUUGCAGUUUUUGUUUGUACACCGUUGUUCGAGUGUUUUCAGAUCAGUUCAAAGUCGUAUUUGUAUGUUUUGGGGUUUAUAUUUGCUAGUAAUUUUUUGAUAACUUGAUUUCGAGACAAACAUUCAAUGUUUUAGUGGCAUGUUGGCAGGUUUUAGAUUUCUUCGUUGUCGCUCUUCUUUUUUUUUUUCUCCCCUGAAAACAAACUGUGUAUGAUGUUCAUAUGAAUGCAUGCAUUCCUGAAAUUAACCAAAGUGGCAGAGAGAUGCGAGAAACUUUGCUGGGGAGCAACUAAGGGAUACCUGUCAUAGUUCUGAAUUGUACCUUAAACACAUUUCUUUACCCGUAACUCGUACCAAGGGCGGACAAAGCUGAACACUCUCUUCUUUUAUGAAAAGUUGGUUAUAUUUAGGAGGAGCUACACAACGGGAACAAAGCGACAGUUUCGAACAGCAUAAAAUAUAGUUUAGUUUGCGUGCCCAUUCGGGUAUUACAGCAGCAACACCUAAGCCCCAUUUUCCAGAACAUUCACAGUGCUUCACGCUGUGCUUCAAAUUAGCAGCACAAAUGAGAGUCAGAGACCUGAAACAUCAGAAAUGUAACGAUCAGGAACUACCUGACGUAAUCUGACUUUUAUCGUGGAAGAUACUGCCAGAAUACGCUAGUGUAACAUUACUGUGUUGUCCACACUAGCCCUAAAAUAUCCCUUUUUCUUUCAAAUACAACCAACAUCAAAUAGCUGAUCCAGUGUCAGUAUCACAUUCCUGUAUUAGAUUACCUUUCUGUUACAAACGCAUAGCAGCUGCCUGGUGAACUGCUUGCCUUACAACAUCACUGAGACUCUCUAUCAUCUUGAAUCCUAAAUUUCCAGAGCCAUGUUUAAGGAGCACAUAGAGUGUUCUGGAAAACGGGGCCUGGUCGCGCUAUCAUUGUCCCACGUUCCAACCUGUUGCCGUUUGACCCCGAAUGACUGGAUGCAGUCAAACGUGUACGCAGGCUGCGGUCUAACCAUCAGCGAAGGCCCGAAUCUAAAAUUUCUGUAGGAAAUUUAAGAGACCAUGCAUGAAUGCAGCAUCCAGAAGAGGGACUUGCACUUUACAGCAGAGCAUUUUGGGAUUAUGAUCGUUCUGGCUCACUGAAAGUUGCAAACUUUUACAAGAACAGCUCCUCUUUCACAACUACUGAGAAAACUGCAUGUGUUUCUGAAAAUGCUGUGCUCGUGUCAUAUAGAUGUGGAUGAUAGACUUGCAAGCGUUCUUUGGCUGAUGUGAGCUGUCCGUAUUUGUUUUGCUUUCAGGCACCUCUGUAUUAGUUAGUGCCAAGUCAGAUAUUUCAGAGCUUUCAGAGAAUUCGUAACCAUUAUUUGGACGUGGACAUAUAGGCUGUGUUAAAGUCGGAAACUCGUAAUCAUGAUAACUCCGAUGUGACUUGAAUGCGGCACGAUCAAUAGCAAAAUGGUCAAACUCAGGAAUGUCAGAGUGCUGCACAGUUAUUCCUGCUCAGUGCGCAGCCAAGCAACCAUCAGCCUUCAUAGUUGUACAGCAUAUAUCCCAUUUUGUGCGCUCCUGUUCCCUCUCUCCUCCGCCUGGCUACCUGUUAACAUACCAGGUGUUUAUUCUUCAGUGUGGGUGAUUUAGUGCUGCACUGGCACGCAUUCCUCAUUUCUCAAGAGCUUCUCGUGUUUCUUUGAUUGCGUGCAUGUGUGUUAUUACCUGUGUGCAUUGUUCCUGUCAGCUGUGAGUGUCUGCCCCCUCCUCUGUCGUUGCUCUGGAUGUGACUGUACUAAUAGCUGCUUGUUGGAGCACCACCUGCAGGUCCAGCUCAGUCACCAGCUCAGCCUGCACUAAUUUUUUGCCUGUUGCACUGGGACCAGUAGAGGAGCCCCCAGAAUGGACCGACACGUGCAUUGGAUCCCCUCUGUGUCAGGGCAGGCUAACAGACUCCAGAUCUGGAGCGCUCGCCGGCCUCACCUUCUCGUCGGCAGAGUCAUUGGUUUGUUUUUACGUCUCGGGCUCGAGCCGCGUCAUAGGCUGUUUUCUCAGAAGCCAUAGCCAGCACUCUGGGAUCGGUGUGAGGCUCUUUGGUGCAUGGGGUGAUAUUCAUCCUUUUGUUCAA